GUAAUUUGGUGGACCACAGCUUUUAGAUACAAUUGGUUUGCAUUAUUUGAAACCAGAUGGCAGAUGCCUAUUGUGAUGUUUUUUGGCUCAACAGUCGCGGGUAUGACCUCCGAGGGUGGUGGAGCGGUUGCAUUUCCUGUCAUGACACUUCUCCUACAAAUCGACCCUUCUGUGGCUCGCGACUUCUCACUGAUAAUCCAGUCAGCAGGUACACUUUGGGGACCGUCCAAACUGCUAUGUUGCUUAGAAUUGCUGCUUCCAGGCAUGACUUGUGCUAUGUGCGUGGUGUUAAUCAUGGAAAUACAGAUAGAAAAACGCGCUAUACUUUUCGGCACUCUAGGAUCUAUCCCUGGCUUCAUAGUUGGAUCAGUUUUCAUGCUUUUUGUCUCAAUAUGGUCAUCGUUUGCUGUCGCCUUAUAUAUCCUUAACUCACAACACAAACGUCGUACAUAUGAUGUCAUCCCAGAAUUUAAUCUUUGGAAAACUGGUAUAUUGGUUGUUACCGGAUUUGUUGGAGGCGUUUUCACUGCAUUUGCCGGCUCUGGUGUGGAUAUUUGCACAUUUUCGAUAAUCACCCUGCUGUUUCGAGUAUCAGAGAAGACUGCGACGCCCACUUCUGUGGUUCUAAUGGGUAAGAUACUGUUAAAACCUCAGGAACAUACCCUUUGAUU